AAUUUUUAAGUUUAAUGAAAGAUUAGAUGUGUGUGUGUGUGUGUGCGCCUAACAUUUAACAAGACUAAACUUUAAAAAAAGGCAAGAGAGAUCACAAGCAAAUAGAAAAAUUGCGAAAUACGUUGGAAAUCGUAAUAUUGUGUUCCUAAAUAAGACGGAAUAAAGAAGAAAACCUUUGUCGGAGCUUAGAGCAUUGACGCAGAGAUAACUAUUCCUCGGAGACAUGAGUUAUCCAAUGUCGUCGAAUCAGUCUAGACCAAUGUCCCAAGGAAAUUAUCAGGGCCCAGGCGAUUUGCCUAUGGGUUCCGCAAAAGAACAGACAUUGAUGUGGCAGCAAAAUUCCUAUAUGAAUGAUUCAGGCAUCCAUUCUGGCGCCGUUACUCAAGCACCAUCUUUGUCCGGCAAGGAAGAUGAAGAAAUGGAAGGGGAUCAAUUAAUGUUUGAUUUGGACCAAGGAUUUGCACAGGGUUUUACACAGGAUCAAGUUGAUGAGAUGAACCAACAAUUGAGUCAUACUCGGUCGCAACGUGUACGUGCUGCUAUGUUUCCUGAAACACUAGAGGAAGGUGUAGAGAUACCUUCUACACAAUUUGAUCCAGCACAGCCUACCGCUGUACAAAGAUUGGCCGAACCAAGCCAAAUGCUGAAGCAUGCUGUUGUCAAUUUGAUUAACUAUCAGGAUGAUGCUGAUCUCGCUACGCGCGCUAUUCCCGAAUUAAUCAAGCUUUUAAAUGAUGAGGAUCAGGUGGUUGUUUCUCAAGCAGCUAUGAUGGUACAUCAGUUAUCUAAAAAAGAAGCUUCCCGCCAUGCUAUCAUGAAUAGUUCGCAAAUGGUAGCUGCCUUAGUGCGCGCCAUUUCUAAUAGCGACGAUUUAGAAUCGACAAAGGCUGCAGUCGGUACCUUGCACAAUUUAUCACAUCAUAGACAGGGCUUACUAGCAAUUUUUAAGAGCGGUGGAAUUCCCGCGCUUGUGAAACUGCUGAGUUCUCCAGUAGAAUCUGUUCUCUUUUAUGCGAUAACAACUCUUCAUAACUUAUUGCUUCAUCAAGAUGGCUCCAAGAUGGCUGUACGUCUUGCUGGCGGUUUGCAAAAAAUGGUUGCUUUAUUGCAACGAAACAAUGUCAAAUUUUUGGCCAUUGUUACCGAUUGCUUGCAAAUUCUAGCAUAUGGAAAUCAAGAGAGCAAAUUAAUAAUUCUUGCUUCGCAAGGUCCGAUAGAACUUGUGCGUAUCAUGCGCUCUUAUGAAUAUGAGAAACUGUUAUGGACUACUUCGAGGGUGUUGAAAGUAUUAUCUGUAUGUCCGAGUAACAAGCCCGCGAUCGUAGAAGCAGGUGGCAUGCAGGCACUUGCUAUGCAUCUCGCAAAUCCGAGUCAAAGAUUAGUGCAGAAUUGUUUAUGGACAUUACGUAAUCUAUCGGAUGCUGGAACAAAAGUUGAUGGACUUGAUAACUUGUUGCAGAGUCUCGUUCUUGUACUCGGAUCAACGGAUGUGAACGUCGUUACUUGUGCGGCUGGCAUUUUAUCAAACUUGACUUGUAACAAUCAACGUAAUAAAGUUGCGGUGUGUAAUUAUGGUGGUGUGGACGCUCUCGUUCGUACAAUUAUCAAUGCCGGCGAUCGAGAAGAGAUAACUGAACCGGCAGUAUGUGCUUUACGUCAUUUGACAUCGCGUCACAAUGAAGCAGAAAUGGCGCAAAACUCGGUUCGAUUGAAUUACGGUAUUCAAGUUAUAGUUAAAUUACUUCACCCACCGUCGCGAUGGCCAUUGGUGAAGGCGGUUAUUGGACUAAUCCGCAAUUUGGCUCUUUGUCCUGCAAAUCACAGUCCAUUACGCGAUCACGGUGCAAUACAUCAUCUCAUAAGACUUUUAAUGCGUGCAUUUAAUGACACACAGAGACAACGUUCAUCAGUUGCUAGUACUGGUAGCCAACAGACAUCAGGUGCAUAUGCAGAUGGAGUACGUAUGGAGGAAAUAGUAGAAGGUUCAGUGGGAGCACUUCAUAUUCUAGCAAGGGAAUCCCAUAAUAGAGCGAUAAUUCGCUCACAAAACGUGAUUCCAAUUUUCGUACAAUUAUUAUUUAAUGAGAUUGAAAACAUUCAACGCGUGGCAGCCGGUGUACUUUGCGAACUAGCAGCCGACAAAGAAGGUGCCGAGAUAAUAGAACAAGAGGGUGCUACUGCUCCUCUGACGGAACUACUUCACUCUAGAAAUGAAGGUGUUGCCACUUAUGCAGCAGCAGUAUUGUUUCGCAUGAGCGAAGAUAAGCCCCAAGAGUACAAAAAACGACUUUCCAUGGAGCUGACGAAUUCCUUAUUCCGCGAAGACACAAAUUUAUGGAACAAUACUGACUUCAGCAUGGCCCCAGAUCUCCAGCUACCUAAUCUUCAGGACAUGCUUGGCCCUGAUCAAGGCUAUGAUGGUAUGUAUGGCCAAGGACCUCCUAGUGUACACAGCAGCCAUGGUGGUCGAGGUUAUCAACCGCAAGGUUAUGACCAGAUACCAAUAGACUCAAUGCAAGGAUUGGAGAUUGGUGGUGGAUCGACGUAUGGUGCGAUGGACACUAUGGACGUGGCGCACGAGGGUGAUUUGAGCUUCGAUCAUUUGGAAGAGCUGCCUGCACCGCCGCAAGAUAAUAAUCAGGUCGCGGCCUGGUAUGAUACCGAUCUUUAAAUCCAUGCCAUUCUGAUGCAGUCGCCUUCGGAUCCACAUCCACGUAGUUCACGAUCGUAUCGUCGAACGGAAAGUGAAAUAUUCGCUAAUCCAUAUCCGUAUCGCCUGUAUGUAAUCGCCUAAUAUGAUCAUUCACCCGAGUAUAUAAACAUUAUAUCGAUGUAUUAGAAUUAAGGAAAACUCAUGUAGUUCGUACACAACACAUGUAUCGUUUAAUUGUCCGUACAAAUAAACUGAAUGAUUAAACAAAA